AUGAAUUCAUUCUUGCUCUAUGAUCAACAAUUUCUUAUUCAGCAAUAACUUUUGCUUCAAUAACUUGUUUAAUUUAACUCAUUGUUAGCUCUAAGGUAAGUUUUAAUUUGAUAUAUAUGAUUAGAACUGCUUGCUCUCUUUAAAUACAAUAAAGUCCUUAAAUUUAACCCUAAUCUCCAAAAGACAUCAAUACUAUUGAGCAUAAUACCAUAAAAAAUGAUGAGAUUCAUGAUGAAUAAAGUUCAUUUGAACUAUCUAAAUCUCAGAAAAUAUCCAAAACUAUAAAAAAAUAAAAGGAAAUAAAGAUUAACAACUUAAAUUCUUCUCAAAAACACACUAAAAAAAGGAUAUUCUUAUCAAUGAAAGACAUUAAGGAUGUUUAAUAUAAAAAGUAUUAAGUUUAAUUAUUCUAGACUUAAAAUCCCUAAUGAUAACAAAAAUGAAGAGGUAAUAACGAAAUAAGAAGAGAAGAAUUGA